AUGGCUUCUGGUGGUACUCGUACAAUUCGUCGCACUGUUGAGCAUGGUAUACGUCAAGUAUCGAGUAAUGAUUUUGGUGGUUCAGCUGGAAAUGCGUUAGCUGUUGCUGCAAUAAAAGAACAACGUGAUACUGAAAAACAAGAAUUGAUCAAGCUUAACAAUCGUUUCGCUGCCUAUAUUGAUCGCGUGAAAUAUUUGGAAGGAACAAAUAAACAACUUCAAAUAAAAUUGGAUGAAUUACGCUCACGUUGGGGUAUUGAUUCAGAUCGACUACGUCAAGAAUAUGAACCACAUUUGAAUGAUGCACGACAUAAAAUUGAUCAAGCAACAGCCGAUAAAGCACGAGCAGAAAUUAAAUCGAAACGUGCCGAAUUUGAUGUAUUGAAUUAUAGACGUUUGUGCGAUGAUGUACAACAAUGGACGAAUGCUGAUAGAGGAAAAAUAUCAACAUUAGAAGCAACAUUGAGGGAAAAUCAAGCAGAAUUAGAACAUCUUCAUCGUUUAAUGAAUGAUUCAAUGAAUGAUAUCGAAAAAUAUCGAAAUGAAAUGAAACAUUUGUAUGAAGAAAUAAGUCGUCUUCUUGUCGAAUUAGACACUGAAACAAUGGCGAGAAUUAAAACUGAAAAUGAAAAACAAACACUUGAAGAACAAAUACCGUUUUUAUCGGCUAUACAUGAACAAGAAAUGAAUGAGUUAAGAACAUUAUCAUCAGGUAAUAUUGGUAUUGAUCCCACCACAUUUUAUAAAAAUGAAUUACAACGUGCUAUACGUGAAAUACGUAACGAUUUUGAAAAUUUAUCACGUGUACAACGUCAAGAAUUAGAAGAAUAUUAUCAAAUUAAAACGGAUGAAGUUAUUCAACAAGCACAACGUGCUAAACGUGAACAAGUUGUACAACAACAAAGUCAAGAAUCAUCGACAACUAUUCGUACAACGAUUACAGAAACGAAAAAAGAAAUGGCUGAUUUACAAAAUGAAUAUAAUUCACAUUUAGCUAAUAUGAGUGAGCUUGAAUCACGAUUAGAAACGUUAAAACGAGAAAAUACCGAUGCUAUUGAUUCACGUGAACGUGAAAUAUUAGAAUUACGUUCAAGAUUAAAUAGUCUAAUGGUAGCGUACGAUGAAAUAGUAUCAAAUAAAUCAUCAUUAGAAUUUGAAAUAAAUACCUAUCGUCGUUUACUCGAAAGCGAAGAAUUACAUGCCGGUAAAUUUGGUAAUAAAGUAUCCCGAAUAGUAUAUGAAGAUACAAGUAACCGUUACCAAACAAUCGAAAAAAAACAUGACAUAAUAUCAACAAAUACAGUGUCACAUCGGCCACUUAUUAGUACUGAGCUACCAACCACUUCCAAAAUAAGUCAAGUAGAAAUGCAAGCAAAAACAACAUUUCAACGAAGUUCCAAAGGUCCAAUAUACAUUGAUGAUUGUAGUCCGGACGGUAAAUAUGUUACAUUAGCGAAUACAUCAAAAAAUAAAGAUAUUGAUUUAACGGGUUGGCAUUUAUUACGUAAAGUUGAUAAUAGCCAAGAGAUUACAUUUCCAUUACCACCAAAUUUUAAAUUACAAAGUGGUAAAAAUGUUAAAAUUUAUGCAGGUGGUCAUAAUCGUGAGCAUUCAUCCGAUUUAGUUUAUCCACAAAUUAAUUCAUGGGGUACUGGUGUCAAUAUUGUUACAAGAUUAUUAAAUGAUCAAAAUGAAGAAAAGGCCACACAUAUACAAAAAACAGUUUAUGCAGCAUAA